UGAUUUGAGGUCACAGGAAGUGAUUUGAGGUCACAGGAAGUGAUGUCUGGUGCAGACAGGAAGUUCUGAGGUGAGAGGUGAGGUGGGAGUAAGUAAAAAGCAGACGUUGCUGGAACUGGAAGGAGAGUGGAAUCAAGAAUAGUUUUAUUGUGACGGACAAAAUAAAAGAGGAGGAGAAUUAGAUUGGUGUGAAGGAGCAGAUUUCAGAAAGGACACAAGGAUCUCUACAAGGACGUCAUGAUGGAGAAUCAGCCGCCCCUCACAUCACCGGAUGGAUCCAGAAAAAGAAACUCAACAAAGAGAGGUCCUCGUACUCGGAAUUCCACUCAGGAAGGUCACACCAUCCCCCACCAUGAUCAGGGCGGAAACCUUGGGGAUUAUAACAUUGUCGUUAAGGAAGAGUUAGAAGUGGAGGAUGAGGAGUACGGUUUGAUGAAGGAACUUUCCGAAGGUCAUAAGGAUCAAUUGAUGGAGCCACCAGAGAGAUGUCCCCGUCCUCUGAAUCCCCGGGAUUCCACACAGGAAGGUCACACCAUCCCCCACCAUCAUCAGGAUGAGGAACGUAUAGGUAUAAAAGUUGUGGUUAAAGGGGAAGAAGAAGAAGAAGAUGAGACAUAUGUGUUGGGCGAUCAGCAGUCUGAGCAAGGGGCUGGAAUGGUGGGGACAACUGAACAGGAAGAAUCAUCUUUAGAUAACAGCAAAGGUGGAAAUCGCCCUCAGAAGACCUCAAGGAGAAAUCUCAGCACUGCACAGUCUUCUGAAAAAGUAAAUUCCGUUGACCAAAACAGACAUCAGAAACGUUUCUCAUGUUCAGAGUGCGAGAAAUCUUUUACUCAAAAGGGAAGCCUUCUUAGACACCAAAAAAUACACACGGGGGAGCGCAAUAUCCCAUGUUCGAAGUGCGGGAAGAGCUUCACUGACAAAAGAGCACUUUCCGAACACCAGAUAAUCCACAAGUCUUUCCCGUGUUCCGAGUGCGGGAAACAUUUCACUCAGACAGCAGACCUUCUCGCACACCAGAAAAUCCACAAAAACAAAUCUCCUUUUUCGUGUUCGGAGUGCGGAAAAGGAUUUCCUCAAAAAGUAAACCUUCUUAGGCACCAGAGAGUUCACACGUCUAAUCGCCCCUUUUCCUGUCUAGAGUGUGGGAAAUGCUUCAUAUUUAGAACAAACCUUCUGUUGCACCAGAGAAUUCACACGGGCGAGCGCCCGUUUUUAUGUUUAGAGUGUGGGAAAUCUUUUUCUGUUAAAGGAAAGCUCAUUACACACCAGAGAUUUCACACAGGCGAGCGUCUUUUUCCCUGUCCCGAAUGCGAAAAGUCUUUCACACAGAAAACGGAUCUUGAUAAACAUCUGAGAAGUCACACAGGGGAGCGUCCUUAUUCCUGUGUAGAGUGCGGGAAAUGUUUUUCCCAGAUAAGCAGCCUUCUUACGCAUCAAAGAAUUCACACGGGCGAGCGUCCUUAUUCAUGCUCGGAGUGCGGGAAAAGUUUUUCCCAAAAAUGCAGCCUUCUUAAACACCAGAAGACUCACGCUCGGGCGGGCCCUUGUAUAUGUUCGGAGUGCGGGAAAUGUUUUCCCCAUAAAAGCAGCCUUGAUAAACACCAGAGGAGUCACACUCGGGAGAGCGCUCUCUCGUGUUCAAAGUGCAAGAAAUCCUUUAUACAUAAAGGAAAUCUAGCGAGACAUGAGAAAACACAUGCUUCUUGAUAUUAUUGAUAAAGGAAUGGUGGCAUCUAACUUUUCCCCUAUAGAAGAGCUAUAUGGCAUAAAAAAAAUGGUUUCCUAAUGGGCUAUGUUCCCCCACCAGGGAUAUUUCAGUAAUAGGUAAACACGGGGUAGCACCGUGGCUUAGUGGUUAGUGCCUGGCAACACAGAGGUCUUUAGUUCAAAUUCUAUCUGCAUGAAGUUUGCAUGUUUUCCCUUUUGGGUUUCCUCUGGGUGCUCCGGUUUCCUCCUACACACAAAAGACGUGCUGGUAGGUUAGUUAGCUCUGGGCUAAAUUUCCCCUCUUGUACACUUAUUAACAAAAGUAUUGGGACGUCUGCCUUUACACGCACAUGAAUCUUAAUGGCAUCCCAGUCUUAGUUUGCAG